AUGGGCUAUGCAGGCAGCGGCCUCACCAAGGUCUUGGAAGCACAGAUGCUCCUUCCUGGAACAUCAAUGCAGGUGGCCGAGCUGAUCCAGGCUGAGAACGGCACAGGGUCAGAAGGUGAUGAAAAUUAUGAUGACUUGUAUCAUUGGUCAGUGAAGUCGUAUUCGGACUUCUGGGCAGAGUUCUGGAAGUUCAGUGGGAUUGUGGCCUCGCGCACGUAUGAUGAGGUUGUGGAUACAUCGAAAGGCAUCGCAGAUGUGCCAGAGUGGUUCAAGGGUAGCCGUCUCAACUAUGCGGAAAACCUGCUGCGACACAAAGCCAACGACCGGGUCGCCCUGUAUGUGGCAAGGGAAGGCAAGGAAGAAAUUGGGAAGGUGACGUUUGAAGAGCUGAGGCAGCAAGUAGCUGUGUUUGCGGCAGCAAUGAGGAAAAUGGGGGUCAAAGCGGGAGACCGUGUGACCCUGGACGAGUGGAGCCCCGAGGGGCCUUCAGAGUCAUCGCCGCUCUGUUUUGCGGAUGGAAAACUGGCGCCCACAGGAGAAAAGUGGGAGCUGCGGGCGCGCGCAGGAACGGGGCCCUGGUCAGCCAGCCCUGACGGGCACCUGUUGCACGGCUUGAUGCCUCCCUCCUCCUUUUCCUUCCCUGUCUGCCUGAUGGGCGUUCUGGACCGUUUUUCUCAAAUCCAGCCAAAGCUCAUCUUCUCCGUGGAGGCCGUUGUGUACAACAGCAAAGAACACAACCACAUGGACAAGCUGCAACAGGUCGUUAGAGGACUGCCAGACUUGAAAAAAGUGGUGGUGAUACCUUAUGUCACCUCCAGAGAGAAGAUAGACAUCUCAAAGAUUCCAAAUAGUGUCUUCCUGGAUGACUUUCUUGCCGUUGGGAAAGGAGAGCAGGCGCCACAGCUGGAGUUCGAGCAGCUGCCCUUCAGCCACCCUCUCUUCAUCAUGUUCUCAUCGGGCACAACCGGCUCUCCCAAGUGCAUGGUGCACUCGGCUGGGGGCACCCUCAUCCAGCACCUGAAGGAGCACAUUCUGCACGGCAACAUGGGCUGCGGUGACAUCAUCCUGUACUACACCACGAUCGGCUGGAUGAUGUGGAACUGGAUGGUGUCCGCCCUCGCCACAGGCGCCUCCUUGGUCUUGUAUGACGGCUCCCCGCUGGUCCCGACACCCGACGUGCUCUGGGACCUGGUGGACAGGAUAGGCAUCACCGUCCUCGGAACUGGUGCCAAGUGGCUGUCCGUGCUGGAGGAGAGAAACAUGAAACCAGGGGAAACCCACAGUCUCCAGACGCUUCACACGAUUCUGUCUACGGGCUCCCCGCUGAAGGCCCAGAGCUACGAGUAUGUCUACAGGAACAUCAAGAGCAGUGUGCUCCUUGGCUCCAUCUCAGGUGGCACCGACAUCAUCUCCUGCUUUGUGGGCCAGAAUACCUCGAUCCCCGUGUACAAAGGGGAGAUCCAGGCCCGGAACCUGGCCAUGGCGGUGGAGGCCUGGGAUGAGGAAGGAAAGGCCGUGUGGGGGGAGAGCGGGGAGCUGGUGUGCACCAAGCCCAUCCCCUGUCAGCCCACGCACUUCUGGAAUGAUGAGAAUGGGAGCAAGUACAGGAAGGCGUAUUUCUCCAAGUUCCCAGGUGUCUGGGCACAUGGUGAUUACUGCAGAAUCAAUCCCAGGACUGGUGGCAUUGUCAUGCUUGGCCGGAGUGACGGCACGCUCAACCCCAACGGAGUGCGGUUUGGCAGCUCGGAAAUCUACAAUAUUGUGGAGGCCUUUGAGGAGGUGAUGGACAGCCUGUGCGUCCCCCAGUACAACAAUGAUGGAGGAGAGAGGGUGAUCCUCUUCGUGAAGAUGGUUCCCGGGCACACGUUCCGGCCCGAGCUGGUGCGCAAGAUCUGCGACGCCAUCCGCCUUGGCCUGUCUGCACGGCAUGUCCCCAGCCUCAUCCUGGAGACCAAGGGGAUCCCGUACACGCUCAACGGCAAGAAGGUGGAGGUGGCCGUGAAGCAGAUCAUUGCUGGGAAGUCAGUGGAGCACCGUGGCGCCUUCUCCAACCCGGAGGCCCUGGAUCUGUUCCGGAACAUCCCUGAGCUCCAGGGCUUCUGA